AUGGAUGACAAGGCUUCUGUUGGAAAAAUCAGUGUCUCUUCAGACUCGGUAUCCACUCUUAACAGUGAAGAUUUUGUCUUGGUUUCCAGGCAAGGGGACGAAACACCAUCUACAAAUAAUGGUAGUGAUGAUGAAAAAACAGGACUGAAGAUUGUGGGGAAUGGAAGUGAACAGCAGCUGCAGAGGGAGCUUGAAGACGUGCUGAUGGACCCACCCAUAGAAGAUCAGUCGAGUGACCGGGACCAUGGAGAAGACGUUAGAACGGAUGGAGAUGGGGAAGAACCUGUUGUCCUUGAAGCUUCAGCAUCCUCUACCAUUAACCCAGUGUCGGUGGCAGGACUUCAGAAACCAGAAAUGAGUUUGCCAGUGAAAACACCCCAGGGAGACUGUGAGGAUUUGAGCCCUUUCACACCGAUGACAGAUGAGGACAGUGUGGUGUUUAGCAAGCUCACCUACUUAGGCUGUGCCUCUGUGAAUGCUCCCCGGAGCGAAGUGGAAGCCCUCAGAAUGAUGUCCAUUUUACGAAGCCAGUGCCAGAUUUCUUUAGAUGUGACUCUGUCAGUGCCUAAUGUCUCUGAAGGGACAGUGAGACUUUUAGAUCCUCAGACAAACACAGAAAUAGAAAACUAUCCAAUCUAUAAAAUCCUUUUCUGUGUACGAGGGCAUGAUGGAACCCCUGAAAGUGAUUGCUUUGCUUUCACUGAAAGCCACUACAAUGCAGAACUCUUCAGGAUUCAUGUCUUCCGAUGUGAAAUCCAAGAGGCUGUGAGCCGAAUACUAUACAGCUUUGCCACUGCCUUCCGUCGUUCUGCCAAACAAACUCCACUCUCAGCCAUUCCCACCCCGCAGACUCCAGACAGUGAUAUUUUCACCUUCUCUGUGUCACUGGAAAUCAAAGAAGAUGAUGGAAAAGGUUAUUUCAGUGCGGUUCCCAAAGACAAGGACAGGCAAUGCUUUAAGCUCCGUCAAGGCAUUGAUAAGAAGAUAGUGAUUUACGUCCAGCAGACAACUAAUAAAGAACUUGCUAUUGAGAGAUGUUUUGGCCUUCUCCUUAGUCGUGGGAAAGAUGUGCGGAGUGGUGACAUGCACCUUUUAGAUUUGGAGUCCAUGGGUAAAAGUUCUGAUGGGAAAUCAUAUGUGAUCACUGGGAGCUGGAAUCAAAAAUCUCCACACUUCCAGUUUGUAAAUGAAGAAACACCAAAAGAUAAAGUAUUGUUCAUGACUACUGCUGUUGAUUUGGUAAUAACUGAAGUCCAGGAACCUGUUCGAUUCAUUUUGGAGACUAAAGUCAGAGUUUGUUCACCCAAUGAGAGGUUGUUCUGGCCCUUCAGCAAACGCAGCUCUACUGAAAAUUUUUUCCUAAAAUUGAAACAGAUAAAGCAAAAGGACAGAAAGAAUAACUCGGACACGUUAUACGAAGUUGUGUGCCUAGAAAGUGAGUCAGAAAGGGAGAGAAGAAAAACUACAGCAAGUCCCUCUCUUCGCCUGCCCCAGUCUGGGUCACAGGGCUCAAUGAUUCCUUCUCCUCCAGAGGAUGAUGAGGAAGAAGACAACGAUGAACCACUCUUAAGUGGUUCUGGAGAUGUUUCCAAAGAGUGUGCAGAAAAAAUCCUUGAGACAUGGGGGGAGCUGCUGUCCAAAUGGCACCUCAAUUUGAGCGUGAGGCCAAAGACAUUGUCAGCGUUGGUGAGAAGUGGUGUCCCCGAGGCCCUAAGAGGAGAAGUGUGGCAGUUGCUGGCAGGGUGUCAUAACAACGAUCAUCUGGUGGAGAAGUACCGAAUUCUCAUCACAAAGGAGUCUCCACAAGACAGUGCUAUCACCCGAGACAUCAAUCGAACAUUCCCUGCUCAUGAUUAUUUUAAAGAUACUGGAGGAGAUGGCCAGGACUCUCUGUACAAAAUAUGCAAGGCCUACUCAGUCUAUGAUGAAGAGAUUGGUUACUGCCAAGGCCAGUCAUUUCUUGCUGCUGUGCUGCUUUUACAUAUGCCUGAGGAGCAAGCUUUCAGUGUUCUGGUCAAAAUCAUGUUUGAUUAUGGACUCAGGGAACUUUUCAAACAAAACUUUGAAGAUUUGCACUGCAAAUUCUAUCAGCUGGAGCGCCUCAUGCAGGAGUACAUUCCUGAUCUGUAUAACCACUUUCUGGACAUCAGUCUCGAAGCACACAUGUAUGCUUCCCAGUGGUUCCUUACCCUCUUCACAGCAAAAUUCCCUCUCUACAUGGUCUUCCAUAUUAUUGACUUACUCUUAUGUGAGGGAAUAAGUGUUAUCUUUAAUGUUGCACUGGGAUUAUUAAAAACUACCAAGGAUGAUUUAUUACUGACUGACUUUGAAGGGGCUUUAAAAUUCUUCCGUGUGCAGCUGCCCAAGAGGUACCGAUCAGAGGAAAAUGCAAAAAAGCUGAUGGAAUUAGCGUGUAACAUGAAGAUUAGCCAGAAGAAGCUGAAGAAAUACGAAAAGGAAUAUCAUACCAUGAGAGAGCAGCAAGCUCAACAGGAGGACCCUAUAGAAAGAUAUGAGCGUGAGAACCGGCGCCUGCAAGAAGCAAACAUGAGGCUUGAGCAAGAAAAUGAUGAUCUUGCACAUGAACUGGUGACCAGCAAGAUUGCCCUGCGAAAAGAUUUAGAUAAUGCAGAGGAGAAGGCAGAUGCUCUGAAUAAGGAACUGCUGAUGACCAAACAGAAGUUGAUUGAUGCAGAAGAAGAAAAGAGGCGCCUGGAAGACGAAUCAGCUCAGCUGAAGGAAAUGUGUCGUAGGGAACUAGAUAAGGCAGAGUCAGAGAUCAAAAAGAACAGCUCUAUUAUUGGUGACUACAAACAGAUUUGUUCCCAGCUGAGUGAGCGACUGGAAAAGCAACAAACAGCAAAUAAAGCUGAAAUUGAGAAAAUACGGCAAAAAGUGGAUGACUGCGAGCAUUGCCGGGAGUUCUUCAAUAAAGAAGGACGGGUGAAGGUUGCUACUUCUGCCAAGGAUGGUUCAGAUGAGGACACAGAUGAGGAGAAGGAAACACUGAAAAACCAGCUGAGAGAAAUGGAGCUUGAGCUAGCCCAGACCAAGCUGCAGCUUGUGGAGGCGGAAUGUAAAAUACAGGAUUUGGAGCACCAUUUGGGUCUGGCCUUGAAUGAAGUACAAGCUGCAAAGAAAACGUGGUUCAACAGAACAAUAAGCUCUAUAAAAACAGUGACUGGAGUCCAAGGAAAAGAGUCUUGUUGAAAAGGAGUUCUGUCAAACACACCUUCUUAACACACCUUUUGUUGCCUUCCUUGGCCAGAUGUUUAAUUCUGUGACAUGAGAGGACCAGAAUGUAAAUAAAAUAGAAACACAGCAUGUCAGGAUUUCAAUAGGUCAGUGAUAAAGAGGAUGGAAACACAAGAAAGGUUUUAUUGCUAGACAUGGGAUCUUCAUACUACUGAUAUUUAACAGGUGAUGUAGCUAGGUUGAAGCUCUUCAGAGAAACACUCCAUUCUGCGGUCUGGCUGGAGGCUUUUCACAGACUAGGUACGAGAACUUAACCAAACCCUAAUUGUUAAGUUUACAUACGAUAGGUUUUUUUACA